AUGUCCUUUGAUGGAUCUUGGACCAGUGUGCACGACGGUUGGGGAAUUUCCGACGUCGAAAAGGGUAAUGCAGUCAAAGCUGGCAAUACGGAGACAAUGGAUAAGCUCGCAAAUGAGUAUGCAUACCGUACGAUUGCUGCUCAUGGCUUGGCUGUUGGUCUCAGUGACGGAUUGAUGGGCAACUCGGAAGUGGGACAUCUAAAUAUUGGUGCCGGGAGGAUUGUGUGGCAGGAUAUCGUCCGCAUCGAUCAGAGUAUCCGCAAGAAACAGUUCCACAAGUCCGAGGUCAUUCGCGCUUCGAUGCAGCAUGCCAAAGAUGGAAAUGGAAGACUUCAUCUUCUUGGGCUGGUCUCCGACGGUGGCGUGCAUUCGCACAACACGCAUUUGUACGCACUGCUCGAGACGGCAAAAGAAAUGGAGGUUCCAGAGUGUUAUGUGCACUUUUUCGGUGAUGGUCGGGACACCGCUCCUCGCUCAGCCAAGAAGUACGCCGAAGAGCUUUUGGACUUUAUCAAGAACCUGGGCUAUGGCGAAGUUUCCACCGUUGUUGGACGUUAUUACGCCAUGGACAGAGACAAGCGAUGGGAGCGUGUCAAGAUUGCGGUUGACGGCCUCGUCUCAGGUGAAGGCCAGCAGACGGACGAUCUCCUGCAGCUCAUCGAGGAAAAGUACAAAGAAAACCAAACUGACGAGUUUUUGAAACCCAUUAUUUGCGGGAGUGAGGGCUCGCGAAUCAAGGGCAAGUCACGCUCAUGCUCGAGAGGGCAACCUUUGACGGUUUUUGCAGAGGGCGACACCUUGUUCUUCUUCAACUACCGUUCGGACCGAAUGCGUGAGAUCGUCAGUGUGUUCGGAUUAGAGCCAAAGCCAAUGGAGGUCACCGUCCCCAAGGACCUACACAUUACGACCAUGUCACGGUACAACACUGAAUUCCCAUUCCCAAUUGCGUUCCCACCUCAAGGCAUGUCGGAUGUGCUCGCAGAGUGGAUUUCGAGCAAGGCUGAAGCAGGCCCAUAUCGCUGGUGUGUAACACGAGUGGUCACCUUUAUGGAGUGUAACAUUCACUUAGAGACGGAAAAGUAUGCGCACGUCACAUUUUUCUUCAACGGUGGUGUCGAGAAGCAGUUUGAGCAGGAAGAGCGUUUCCUCAUCAACAGCCCCAAGGUUGCCACCUACGAUCUACAGCCGCAAAUGUCUGCCCCAGAAGUCGCAGAAAAGGUGGCCGAGGUCGUCAAGACGAAAGAGUACGACUUUGUCAUGUGCAACUUUGCCCCUCCAGACAUGGUCGGCCACACAGGCAAACUCGAAGCGGCCACCGAGGCAAUCUCCCAUACGGACAAGGCCGUAAAUACCAUUUAUCAAGCGUGCAAAGAAGCUGGAUACGUUCUUGCCAUUACGGCAGACCACGGAAACGCCGAGCAGAUGAUCAAUCCCGAUACUGGCGCGCCACACACUGCACAUACGACCAACCCGGUUCCUUUCAUCAUUGUCUCGGAAUCCAAAGAGUUUUCGUUUGCGGAAGACCCCAAGGAUGCCGAAGAGGGCGCACUAUGUGAUGUUGCCCCAACGGUACUCGCCAUCAUGGGUCUUGACCAACCAGCUGAUAUGACCGGCCGCUCCUUGCUCGCAUAG